UGUGCCUGCGUUGCAACCCUUCUUCACUGGGCUUUGGGAAGGGAACAGAUAGCUAUGAAUAGCCCUUUGGGAAGAGCCUCCCAGCUGGAGGAAUAAAAAGCUCCCAGGCCAGUGGAGGCUUUCCUUUCACUGGGAUGGAUGGUUUAGUCCAGGUUAACCUCAUUGAAUGCAGCCAAGGGGUCCCUGGGCAUGACUUCUUUAACCAGAGGCAGGAAUCGCAUGGAGAGAAUAGGGAAAGGGUUCCUGCACCACAAAAGAGGAAGAGCGCUUCAACACGUUUGCACAGAUUUUUUAAAUGCAAAACUGACAGCAUGCAGAUGUGAAAUGAAGCAACCAGGACAGAUGGCGGAGUACAAGCGCGCCAUGUUCCAGGACGAAGAAGCGCCAGACGCCGCUGGGGACGGGAGCACCUCUCCUGAUGGCCUGGAGGUGGGCUUCAGGAAAAGCGAUGCCCCGCUGUUGAGCCGCCUGGGCUCCCGAACCCAGUUGAAGCUGGUGCUGUGCGCCGUCUCUCUCUUCACGGCUCUGCUGUUGCUCAGCUCGGUCAUUGCUAUGGGCAUUCAAUACAGCAAAGAUCCCUCGCACACCACUUGCCUGACGGAGGCUUGCGUCAUCGUAGCCGGUAAGAUCCUGGAGGCCCUGGACCGGGAGACCGACCCCUGCGAGGACUUCUACCAAUAUGCCUGCGGAGGCUGGAUCAAGCGCAACCCGCUGCCAGAUGGCCGCUCCAAGUGGAGCACUUUCAACAGCAUUUGGGACCAGAAUCAGGCCAUCAUGAAGCACCUGCUAGAAAAUGCCACGUUCAACUCCAGCAGCGAAGCAGAAAGGAAGACCCAGCGUUUUUACCUCUCUUGCCUGAAGGAGCAGAAGAUUGAGGAGCUGGGCUCCCAGCCACUGAUGGACCUCAUUGAGAAGAUCGGCGGCUGGAACAUCACUGGCCCUUGGAACCAGACUAACUUCAUGGAGGUCUUGAAACUGGUGUCAGGGACCUAUAGAGCCUCUCCGUUCUUUACUCUGUUUGUGGGUGCGGAUUCCAAGAGCUCCAACAGCAACAUCAUCCAGCUGGACCAGUCAGGCCUUUUCUUGCCCUCGCGGGAUUACUACCUGAACAAGACCGCCAACGAGAAGGUGCUGGCUGCCUACUUGGAUUACAUGGUGGAGCUGGGGAUGCUCCUUGGCGGAGCCAGAGCAUCCACAGAAGAACAGAUGCAGCAAGUGCUGGAGCUGGAGAUCCAGCUGGCCAACCUCACCGUCCCUCAAGACGAGCGCCGGGACGACGAGAAGAUCUACCACAAGCUGAACAUUGCGGAGCUGCAGGUGCUUGCCCCUGCCAUCGACUGGCUGGACUUCGUCUCCUCCUUCCUUUCGCCGCUGGAGCUGUCGGAGGCUGAGCCGGUGGUGGUUUAUGGCAAGGAAUACUUGGAGCAAGUGUCCCAGCUCAUCAACAACAGCGACAGAAGCGUCUUGAACAAUUAUAUGAUUUGGAACCUGGUUCAGAAAAUGGCCUCCAGCCUGGACCAGCGGUUUGAGACGGCCCAGGAGAAGCUCUUGGAGACCCUUUAUGGGACCAAGAAGUCCUGCACCCCUCGCUGGCAAACCUGCAUCUCCAACACAGACGACACUUUGGGCUUUGCCCUCGGGUCCUUGUUCGUAAAAGCCACCUUCGACAGACACAGCAAGAAGAUUGCUGAGGACAUGAUCACUGAGAUACGCACAGCCUUUGAGGAGUCCUUGGACCAGCUGGACUGGAUGGAUGAGAAGACGAGGCAAGCGGCUAAAGAGAAGGCUGACUCCAUCUAUGACAUGAUUGGCUUUCCAGAGUUCAUCCUGGAUGAUAAGGAGCUGGACGAUGUCUACGAUGGGUAUGACGUCUCAGAAGACUCCUUCUUCCAGAACAUGCUGAACUUCUACAAUUUCUCUGCCCGCUUCAUGGCAGACCAGCUGAGGAAGCCCCCCAACCGAGACCAGUGGAGCAUGACCCCACAGACCGUCAAUGCUUACUACCUCCCCAACAAGAACGGCAUUGUCUUCCCCGCAGGGAUCCUCCAGGCUCCGUUCUACGCUCGCAGCCACCCCAAGGCCCUCAACUUUGGAGGCAUUGGCGUUGUGAUGGGGCACGAACUCACCCAUGCUUUCGAUGACCAAGGCCGUGAGUAUGACAAAGAGGGGAACCUGCGUCCUUGGUGGCAGAACUCAUCUCUGGAGGCGUUCAAGAACCGGACGGAGUGCAUGACAGAACAGUACAGCAAGUACCUUGUCAACGGGGAGCAUGUCAACGGCAAGCAGACUUUGGGUGAGAACAUUGCCGACAACGGGGGACUCAAGGCAGCCUACAAUGCUUAUAAAGUUUGGCUGAAGAAGAACGGCGAGGAGAAACGCCUGCCGUCUGUGGACCUCACAAGCCACCAGCUUUUCUUCUUAGGAUUUGCCCAGGUCUGGUGUUCUGUGCGCACGCCGGAGAGCUCGCACGAGGGCCUGAUGACAGACCCCCACAGCCCUGACAAGUUCCGGGUCAUCGGGACCCUGAGCAACUCCCGGGACUUUAUAGAGCACUUCCAGUGCCCUGCUGGCUCCCUCAUGAACCCUGGGAAGCACUGCGAAGUCUGGUAGACAGAGGAAGCGAGGCGAGGCAAGCUGCCCCUGGCAGGAGUCUGUACAUACAUACAACUGCCCCAUUGCACAACCCAGCCCACAGGUGCCAUAGCGGUGGGUCAUCCAGGUAGUGGAUCCUAGAGCCCAGGUGCCAGGAGAAAAGUGAGCGUACCCAGUAUUGCCCUCCUGAGCCCACGCCAAAGGGGCAAGCGGGAGCAAAAGCACAGCUUCAUUCCUCUCUGCCGACCACAUCGUUCCAUGCGCCCCGAGAAGAAUUGCCGGCUCGGCUCCUUUGACUUUUAUUUCUGGUCUUCAGCUUCCCCAGGAAAUACUUUUGUGGUGGUGCUUCUGACUUCUUGCCGUGCCAGAUCCACUUUUCUAGGACAGACAUAGCUUGGCCUUUACAAGCGCUGUUUUCAGGACUGGGUCUAGGAAGGCCCUCGAAGAAGUGGAUUACUUAGAUGGAGCAGGGUUGGGGAGUGUUUGAGUCCUGGUUCAGUCGGGGGCCUCAUUUAGAGUUACGGGAGCUUCAGGUGCAAGAAGAAGGGCUUUAAAGCUUGGGGUACCGAAAGAUGCAAAAUGUUAGCACUUUUGGGUCAGAGAAGGGACUCUCCAAUCCAUCAUUCUGUUUCCACGAAGCCAGCCAGAUCCUUCCUAGAAGCUUACAAGCAGAAUCCACUCCUUCUUGUUUGCUUUCACUGUUCUAUCUCUGUUAUUUAGAGGUACACUGCCACAUCUAAUAACCAUUGGUAGAAGGCUAGGUGUACUCUCUGUGUACAUCUUUAACUUUUCCUGUUACAAAACCGUCUAAGCGAAUGGCCAUUAGGAUCUACUGCACUGUUCAAGGGUCAGAGUGUAGCUAAAAUUUGGAGGACUCCGUCUGAGCAUUUCCUCCGCUCCUUCCGCCACGCCAGGCUGCGAUCGCUGGCAUACAUGUGUCCCUCUGUUUCCCCACAGGUCAUAAUUCCAAAGAAAAGCACAGCCCUGGCAUAAGACAAUUCCCCCUCCUGCCAGCUUUGUGAAGAUGAAGCCAAGCUGAUGGUACUGUGAAGCAGGAAAGGAAGAUGUCUCAGGGCCUGUUCCCACUUACAUUUAAACCAGUUUGCGAUUUGCCCUCGGUCCGUGUUGAUAAAUCGACUCCAAAAGGUCCGUCGUUCCCACUAUGAAAGCAGAUCUUUUCAUUAUCCCCUUGUAAUCACUUCUUUUUUGGCACGAUUGUCAUCCCCAAUACUUUGAGCCGCUUCAGAAUGCAUGUCAAUCAUCUGUGUGUCAUCAAUUAUGUAAGCGGCAGCCCGGGCAGCCUGGCUUGGGAACUAUAGAUAUAUAGAUAUAUAUA